AUACUGUUUGAAGAAAAAAAAUCUACAGUCUUUCUCCCAAGAUCCUUUGCGGCAGAGGAAGGAGAAGGAAAACGGCCAUGUCGUGGUAGAAAUUACAGGCAAAUGUGGAUCAGUGUCGCUUACUUACUUAUGUAGCUUUAAAAACACGUUUGCAAAGGGAAUAAGUGAAUAUUUUAUUUUUCGUGGAACGAAAAACGUAUUCCGUGAAAGUUAGAGUGCUUGUAAAAUCAGUGGACAAACAUGAGCGGAGGAGGGACGCCGUACAUUGGCAGCAAAAUUAGCCUCAUCUCUAAGGCCGAGAUCCGUUAUGAAGGAAUUUUGUACACCAUUGAUACUGAAAACUCGACAGUAGCACUUGCUAAAGUGCGCUCCUUUGGCACUGAGGACCGCCCCACUGACAGGCCUAUUCCACCUCGGGAGGAAGUGUUUGAGUACAUCAUCUUUCGUGGAAGUGACAUAAAAGACCUCACGGUUUGUGAGCCACCCAAAGCCACUAGCUCUCUGCCUCAGGAUCCUGCAAUAGUUCAGUCAUCAAUUGGAUCCUCCAAUGCUGCCCCGCCACCAUCCUUUCAGCCUCCUGGGUCAUAUGCCCCAUUUAGCAGGGCCGCAGUUCCACCAUACAGUCAGUUUGGUGUUGCACCCAUUGGAGCUCAGCAGUUUGGAUCUGCCGGAGGGCGCACUUCUCCACUGGAGUCUUUGACAAAAAAGUCCUCAGUGGAGCAGGCGGCGCAGGCCCCGUCGUCAGCGGCGCCGGGCCCCCAAACAUCAGUGGGACAGAGGAGUCAGGCAUCAGCCUCCAAACCCACCAGCACCUCCACUGGCCACCAGAAACCUCCAGACCUCCUGGAGCAGAAAAAAGCUCCUGAGGUCCCAAAAGCAUCACAGCCCAAUGCUGAACAUGGCACAGUGGAAAACCGAGACCCCAAUAAGCGCCACGUUGCUGGCGUCCAGCCCAAUCGGCGUGGCCGCGGUAGAGGAAACCGCAGCAGAGGCAGAGUCAACGUGCGCCGGGACGGCACCAUGAAGUUUGACGAGGACUUCGACUUUGAGACUGCGAACGCACAGUUUCACAAAGAUGAGAUUGACAAGGAGCUCCAGAGCAAGCUUAAGCUGAAGGACGACAAACCCGAAAAGGCACUCAACGGAGAGGAAACUGCUGACUCGGAGCAUCCAGCCAACGAGGGCACCGCUGAGGAAGAGGAGCCUGUGAACAACUCCUGCUACUAUGACAAGUCCAAGUCCUUCUUUGAUAACCUGUCCUGUGAUGGCUCCAAUAAAAUGGGGGAUGGCGGAUUUCCAAAGGAGCGCAGGUCAACCUGGGCCGAGGAGAGACGGAUGAACGCGGAGACCUUCGGCAUCCCGCUGCGGCACGGCCGCGGGAGAGGAGGCUUCCGUGGCCGCGGCUACAUGGGCCCCCGCGGGGGGCGAGGGCGCCCUUCCAGCAGGGGCUCCUUCGGGCCGCCCCGCGGCGCCCCGCCUGGUUUCAGGGGCGGAUACAGAGGAGGCAGAGGAGACCGAGACUUCUCCGAUUUUGAAUACAGGAAGGAUAACAAGGUGGCCGCAUAGUCUACAGCGACAGAUUCACAAAGAAUCGAAGCCACUCAUCAUGAAAUGAUUUCCAUCCUAGCAACUUUUGGUCCCAUCGCUUUGACAGAAGGAAUGAAGACAUCCUGUCAGUCACCAGCAGCUGGAUGGAUAGAAUGACUUCAGGGGUGACCUCUAUCCACUUUGAGACUCUGUUAUUGUUUUUCUUUCCUAGAAGUUUUUUUUUUCUUUGAUCUUCCCUUUUUCCCCCUGUUUAAGAGUUACAGGAUGGACAAGCUCACAUGUACAUACAGCGCUUUUGAGUAAUUCAGUAGUUUUGCAUCACCUGAUCCAUUUCUUACUGAAGUCGUCUUUGAUAUAGAAACCGUAUGUCUUUGGAUACUGUGAGUUGGAUCCCAGUCCGUGGUCAAAAGCUUUGUUCUUUUUCCUUCUUCUUUUCUCCUUUCUUUUGGCAUGUUCCUUCCCUGCAACAGGCAACUGAGCGCGUUGCCUGUUGCAGCGGCCUCCUCUGCUGUUUGGCUGCCGUCUGUCGAAUAGUUUUACUGGCUUGGCAUUCAAAAGAGUUUUAAACGCCCCUUAAUUUGCAAAGAACAACCAAGCCAGCUGAAAAAAACCCAAACAUAGAAUGGUGAAGAAUGAAUGUACAUCCAGCUCAUUUGACCUGUGUCGUUGCUCAACAAUCAGUUGAAUUUGUACCUUAAAGACAUAAUCAGCUAUUAGAGACUGUGUACCAAAUGUCAGCCAAGCAUGAGUUGUUACCUUUAGUUUUAGUUCGACUGGACUUCUGUGGGCCUGGUGGUUUGGUCAGUCUGACCCGGGCAGACGACAAAGCCAGGCUCCCUAGUGAACCGCAUCGGCUUCACACUCGUUUGUGGAGUGCAUGUGUUUCACGCAGGGCCCACACCAAUAGCCUGAAUGAGUAGCCUGUCUAGAUUCUCUUUACUCUCUCUCGUUUGUCCCCAAAAAUAGGUCCAUAAUUUCUACUUUCACCAGAAGCUUCAAAAGAAAUCCAAACAACUUACCUUUGGAAAAAAAAGUGCUCCAUUUGGGCGAAGAGAAUGCGUUUGGUCAACAAAAUCUCUUCAUUCUUGCGUAUUUUUGUUGUUUCAGUGCAUUGUGUCCAGAACACACUGAGCUGUCUGUUGGAACGCUUAUUUCUCACCGAGGUUUCCCUCUCAGUCGUCCAGUAUCAUUGACUGUUAUAUUUUUUAGUUUUUUCUGCGUUGUCAACAUUUGCGUCUGCGCCUGCAGUGUUGCAAGAGUUGCUCUCUUCAAACGGGAAAUAUUGUAAAGGAUUAAGAGAUGUCUCAAAGCAUGUUCAUCCAAAUAGUUUUUUCUGGUAACUCGUAGCCGCCUGGCUUGUUUGUAGCUCCUGCCAUUGCAUUGUCGUCAGUGUGAUUGUUCUCAGGAGGGAAUUUAUUUUUUUACUGAAUUGUGUUCAAAGGGACAAGAACUGGAUGUGGUGCCAGUAUUUUCACCCGCAUAUUUGGCUCCAAUUCAUUGGUACUUUAGGGAGUGCCUUGAGAGUGGUAAUUUGUUUUCUUCUGUUUUUUUUGUUUUUUUUCAUUUCAACACAGCUCUCCCUUUAACUUAAAACAUUAACUUUUGACAGAAGUAUUUGUAGCACUACAAGCUGAAAGUAGAUCCUUUUGUGUAACUGUUAUUAAAAGGACAAUAAAAACAUGUCUGAAUGGAAUAUCACACAUACAGCAGAUCUUUGCCUAUGACAGCCCAAAAUAGCAACACUUUCUAUCAGCUUUUGCAAUAACCAGCAAGAUUGAAUAUGGAACAAAACUAUUACUGAACUGUUUUGGUUUGGUUUUUUCAUAUAUUUGCUACUCCUCCCAGUCACUGGAAUUGUUUUGAGAAUAUCCGUAAAUUGAGUUUUUACAAAAAUUAAAUAAAGAGUUGUAAAAUUUACA